ACCGCGCCGCCGCCAUGAACGGGGAGCCCAUCUGCAGCGCGCUGCCCGCCGUGCCGUCCCACAAGCUCGCCGACCUGCGCUACCUGAGCCGCGGCGCCUCGGGCACGGUGUCGGCCGCGCGCCACGCGGACUGGCGCGUCCAGGUGGCGGUGAAGCACCUGCACCUGCACACCCCGCUGCUCGACAGUGAAAGAGAUGAUGUCUUAAGAGAGGCUGAAAUUUUACACAAAGCCAGAUUCAGUUAUAUUCUUCCAAUUUUGGGAAUUUGCAUUGAGCCUGAAUUUUUGGGAAUAGUUACUGAAUACAUGCCAAAUGGAUCAUUGAAUGAACUCCUACAUAGGAAAACUGAGUAUCCUGAUGUUGCUUGGCCAUUAAGAUUUCGCAUCCUGCAUGAAAUUGCACUUGGUGUGAAUUACCUGCACAAUAUGAAUCCUCCUCUGCUCCAUCAUGACUUGAAGACUCAGAAUAUCUUGUUGGAUAAUGAAUUCCACGUUAAGAUUGCAGAUUUUGGUUUAUCCAAAUGGCGUAUGAUGUCACUCUCCCAAUCACGUGGUAGCAAAUCUUCACCAGAAGGAGGGACGAUCAUCUAUAUGCCGCCUGAAAACUAUGAACCUGGACAAAAAACAAGGGCCAGCGUGAAGCAUGAUAUAUAUAGCUAUGCAAUUAUCACAUGGGAAGUGUUAUCAAGAAAGCAGCCUUUUGAAGAAGUCACCAAUCCUUUGCAGAUCAUGUAUAGUGUAUCACAGGGACGUCGACCUGACACUAAUGAAGAAAGUUUGCCACUUGAUAUACCUCAUCGAGCUCUCAUGAUCUCACUAAUAGAACGUGGAUGGGCACAAAACCCAGAUGAAAGACCAUCUUUCUUAAAGUGCUUAAUAGAACUUGAACCAAUUAUGAGAACAUUUGAAGAGAUAACUUUUCUUGAAGCUGUUAUUCAGUUAAAGAAAACAAAGUUACAGAGUGCUUCCAGUGCUGUUCACUCAUGUGACCCAAAGAAAACGGAGUCGCCACUGAACAUACCUGUAAACCAUAGUCCACAGGAGGAAUCGUGCGGAUCCUCUCAGCUUUAUAAAAGCAGUUCUUCUCCUACAACUUUUAGGCUUCAGUCAGCUUCUCAGAGCAAAGAUUUUUUACCUGUAAAAACUCAAGACUGCUCUUCUGUGAAGCUGGAUCACUGUCUGGUAAAACACAGUUGGGAUAAUACUGUUUCUGCAUUUCAAAGGGCAACAUUGUGUGAUCACAGGACCACGCUAUGCUCUUCAGUAAUAAAGCCACUCGUGGAUUCAGAGUACCUGCAGCCUGGUAUUGCUCAGCAUUGGAUCCAAAGCAAAAGGGAAGACAUUGUGAGCCAGAUGACUGAAGCCUGCCUUAACCAGUCCCUGGAUGCCCUUCUGUCCAGGGAUUUGCUCAUGAAGGAGGACUAUGAACUUAUUAGUACCAAACCUACAAGGACCUCAAAAGUCAGGCAAUUACUGGACACCACUGACAUCCAAGGAGAAGAAUUUGCCAGAAUUAUAGUACAGAAGUUGAAAGAUAACAAACAGAUGGGUCUUCAUCCUUACCCAGAAAUACUUAUGACUUCUAGAUCAUUAUCUUUAAACUUCCCACAAAAUAAAAGUUUCUAGGUAUGUCUUUUUCAAGAAGAAAGUAAAUUUAUAAAUGGUUAUUUAUGUCCCUGGCACCUAGAUGUUUUUAUAAAAUGCCUGAGUAUUAGAAGUGUUACUGAAGUUUUAGGGGGAUAAAUACAAGUCUCCUGUGACAUUGCAGUAUUUUUUUAAAUUAAUACAAGUAAAAACUUUGCAUUUUGUUACAUGG